AUGUCGUCCGCUGAGAAUUCCGCCCCGAAGCCUCUCUCCGAGAAGGAUAUUCACGUCCUCGCUCAUGCCUUUUCCUGCAUGAAGUCCCAACCUGACGUCGAUUACGAGGCUCUUGCCGAGAAGGCCGGCAUGAAGGAUGGCAAGGCCGCCUACAAAGUUCUCUGGGCCAUCAAGAAGAAGCUAGCUACUCACGGAGCUCCUGUCGCAAAUGCCCCAACACAGUCGGUGAAGGGUGCCACGGCCAAGCGCGGUGCCACGGCCGGUACUGACGGUGAUGGCGACGAAACUCCCGCCAAGAAGCGCAAGCCCGCUAAGCCGCGUGCCAAGAAGGGUUCCGUCAAGGCAGACUCAGACGGAGAGAAUAUGGGUCAGGAGGAGAACGCCGAGGAGGAUAUCGCCGCUGUCUAA